AUGCACGACUACCUUCCGAACCCGGCGCUGAUUUACGAGGGACCGGCGCUCCCCCGUGCCCCGCUAAUCCUGAUUCACGACGGCGGCGGUACCAGCUUUAACUACCACCUACUUAACCAAAUUGGCCGUCCGUUAUGGGGUCUCGCAAACGCUAGGCUCCACGACGGUGGUUGGUGGGAAGGCGGCAUUCCGCAGAUGGCUGCCUAUUAUGUCGGGCUCCUUUCUAAAGCGAUUCCCGAGGGCGGCGAUAUCCUCCUCGGAGGUUGGUCAUUGGGGGGUCUCUUAACCCUCGAGAUGGCACAUCGAAUCGCUGUGGCGAGGCGUGACGGUGGUACAGGAGCAAAGUUCCGGGUCAAAGGCAUGGUCUUCAUCGACAGCAUCUGCCCAAACUUCUCACCGGAGAUGCGGGCGCGCCUUCCUCGCGAACCCGUCAUACUAUCGGCUCAGGAGUCGGAGGCCAUGAAGCUAAAAGACAAGGUCAACGUGAAUAUGACGCACGCUCGGAUGAUGGUGUCAGUUUGGGAACUGCCACGUUGGGAAGAUGGUCUACAAGUACCACCAACCAUCCUUUUACGAGCAAAGGAGUGGUUCAACCGAGACCCUUCCAAGAGCUUCGUAGACUUCGCGCGCGAGGAUCGACUUCUAGGCUGGGCGAACUACAACGAGGAACACGGCAAUUUCAUGAAAGAAAUCAUAGAUAUAGAAGGUCACCACUUUUCCAUCUUUGAUUUUGAUAACCUUGACGACAUCACGGCAAAGGUCCGCGCCGCAGCAGAUCGGUUGGAUCCACUCGGGUUCUGA